GUUUAACUUUCUCCUGUUGUAGCAACUCCUCUAUGUGAUGCAGUAUCGCUACAUUUUCUCAACAGCUGUCACUUUAGCAUGAAUUCUCCUCUCGACUACUGGUGAUAUUGUGUCUGUGUACUAGUCCUGUGUUGCCGGAGUUUUCCCUUCCUGACUCAGUCCUGGCCACUACAAAGGUGUCGAUGCUGUGAGAUAUGAGCUGGCUUUGGGUUCAAAGAAACAAGUGACGAGUCCUACACUUCAGUCCAAAUCCGUUUUCUCAGAAUUUCUUUAUCCUGUCCUCAUUCUGUCAGCGCGAGACCAAAAAACACUCUCCUUCCGCUCCAUGUCCUCCUGAGAGCUUCAGCCUCUGACAUGCAUCAUUCCUCUCCAUAUACACCCCCAUCCCUGUCUGUCUGUCUGUCUGUCUGUCUCUCUCUCUAUAUCUUUCUCAAUCUCUUUGUCUCUGUCUGUCUCUCUCAGUCUCUCUUCUGUUUCUCUCUCAGUCUCUGUCUCUCUCACUGGAUUUUUCUCACCUGUCUCUCUUUUUCUUUUUUCUUUCUCUCUCUGUCUCAUUAUUUCUUUCUUUCCUUCUUUCUUUCUUUCUUACUUUCUUUCUUUCUUUCUCUUCCUGUUUCGCUCACAAUCUCUGUCUCUCUCUGCCUUUGUCCGUGUCUCUCUCUCCUUCACUGUGUCCUCUUAUUGUCUUUCUUUCUUUCUUUCUUUCUUUCUCUGUAGUUGUACAUGUCUCUCUCUCUCUCUCUCUCUCUCUCUCUCUCUCUCUCUCUUUCUCUCUCUCUCUGUGUCUCUUAAUGUCUGUCUUUCCCUGUCUGUCACUCUGUCUUUCUUCUCUCUCUCUCUCUCUCUCUCUCUAUUUUUCCCUAAAGUUAUCUCCUUUACUCUUUCUUUCUUUCUUUCUUUCUCUUCCUGUUUCAUUCACAAUCUCUGUCUGUCUCUGCCUUUGUCUGUCUCUCUCUCCUUCACUGUGUCCUCUUAUUGUCUUUCUUUCUUUCUCUGUAGUUGUACAUGUCUCUCUCUCUCUCUCUCUGUCUCUUAAUGUCUGUCUUUCCCUGUCUGUCUCUAUGUCUUUCUUAUCUCUCUCUCUCUCUCUCACACACACUCUGUCUUUCUUCUCUCUCACUCACUCUCUCUCUCUCUCUCUCUCUCUCUCUCUCUCUCUCUCUCCCUACAGCUCACCCCUUUACUCUUUCUUUCUUUCGUUCAUUCUUUCUUUCUUCCUUUGUCUUCUCUCUGUCUAUCUCGUUCUCUCUCUAUUCCCCUUGAUCUCUCUCUCUCUUUCUCUGUCUCUCUGUCCCUCCCUCCCUCCCUCCCCUUUCAUUCUGUCCUCCUCAGUUUUGGAUCGUUGGAUCAGAUGUUCACUAAACUCCAGUGGGUUCUAGAUUCUGCUGCAUGUCGGGGUUAUCUGUGUUUCUCUUGCUCUCCUGCUUGAAUGUGUUCUCGAUGGCUGAUUCUCUCCUCAACCACUCCUGGCCGUCCUUCUCCAAGUUCUGGAUGAAACGAUGGUCUUUUAAAAGAGGUUCAGAGAGUAAACCAUGCAUACGGCCAAGUGCUACGAUCUCAGGGAUGAGAUCUUCCUCCUCACCUUCAUCCGACAGCUUCUUCAGCAGCACACCUGAAGAUCAGAGUUCCUGUUUAGUUGAGAGUGAUUUCGAGUGCGGGACAGACGACUUAUUGGACCUGAACUCUUCUCUGAGAGACUCUGAGUAUUUCAGAGACCUGCAGUCCAGACCUGGUGGGGAGUGUGUGCCCUCUGAGAGCCCCCUGUCUGUAUUUAUUGACCCAGGGGACCAAACACAGCUCAGUUCUGGACUAUUCUUCUACCCAUCACCCACGCUGCACUGUGGAUCGUACGUAGAAAAUUGCUCACCAUCCCACAGUAAGACAAACCUGCUGUCUGAUCAGGGAGAGAAGAUGGAAUCGGCAGAGAGUUUGGACGAGAUCUGCGUGGAUGACUUGGAGAGGGACAAUUUCCCCAUCCUGGUCAGGUCUAUGUCCACCUCGCGGAGACACAGCUCAGACAUCCCACUGAAUCCGCUUGGCCUGGGGAGAAGGUUUAGUCUGGACACCAGGAGUAUAGACAGUGACGGGGAGCGAGAUGAUCAGAGCCAGUCUCAGAGCUCGGUGGAGGAGUUCGCUACAUCCGGAGAAACAGAGCUCCCUAAAUCCGCACAGCCUUCCACCCCAGGGAGGAUGGUGUAUUCCCGAUCUGAGAUUGUAUCAUCAGAUGAAAAGUCUCAAGCUGAGAGGGUCUCACGCAUUCUGGAAACUUCUAAACAGGCAGCCCGAGCUGCCGGAGAGGAACAUGAUUCGGAUGAGAAUUUGCGCUCAGCAGAAGGACAAUGUCACAUGCUGAUGGUACAAAAAGUUCUGCAUGAGCUUAAGCUGUAUCACUGGGCCAAUCGCGUAACCUCGAGUGCUGACAGGAAAGAAAAUGUCACCUGGUAUGAAUUUCUCUCCAUCGAGAAUGAGGAAGAGGAGGAGAGAAUGGAGAGGACAGAGAAGGGCACAAAGGUGAAACGCACUCUGAGCUCGCUGAGGAACCGAAUGACCGGAUCCUUCAACAAAGACAAGGGUAAGAACCGUGAAAAGGGGCAGCAGAAAGAGAGAGACAGAGAGAGGGAAAAGGAGAAGGAGAAAGAGAAGGAGAGAGAAAGGGAAAGGGAGCUGAAGGAGAGCACUUGUGUGGUUAGCAGCAGCUGUAAUGGCCACCAGUUUGUGCGUGGCUCUUUCUCGAGCCGAGCCACAUGCUCACUGUGCAGCAAGACCCUGCAGAGGAAGCAUGGUCUGCAGUGUGUCAAUUGUGCUGUUAACGUUCACAAAAGCUGUAAGAGUCUCCUGCCUGAGUGUAGCAACAGCAAGAACAAGAGUAAAGAUUUUGCCCUGAAGAGCCAAGCGGCUGCUCAGCCCUAUAGUCAAGCCUCCAGGGAGCCGUGCCUCGCCUCCGAUGGCGCCAUCCGCCCGGCUACAGGCAUGACCGUCUUGCCCCGAGGAGCCAGCGGGCAGCAGAACGCUCACAGCACCAACCUCACUCUCAGCCACAACAGUAGCUCGAGCUCUAUUACAGGGGAGAUGGAUGAAGUAGACGCAUUCAGAGUUAAACGCCACACUGACGACACCAUCUCAAUCACUCCGUCUACCGCUGAGUCCAUCAUCGUGGAAGAUGCAUACUACAACAACGUGCGAGCGGAGCUGGACUCGAUGGCUCAGGACUUUGAGGUGGAGUCAUGGAGUUUGGCCGUGGAUCAGCAUUUCUUAAAGAAACAUUCCAAAGAAGUGAUUAAGAGACAGGAUGUGAUAUACGAGCUGAUCCAGACAGAGGUGCACCACGUGCGCACGCUGAAGAUCAUGCUGCUAGUGUACAUGCAUGAGCUGCGUGAGACUCUGCAGCUGGACGAGCGCAGACUGGACUGUUUAUUCCCGCAGUUGGAAAUCCUGCUGAAACUACACAGAACUUUCCUGUCCCGACUCCAAGAGCGACGCCAAGACACACUGGAGCCGGGGAGUGACUGCAACUACGUCAUCCACAGCGUGGCAGAUAUCCUCAGUGACCAGUUUUCAGGUGAACUCGGAGAGCGGAUGAAGGAAAGCUACAGCGCGUUCUGCAGUCACCACACUGAAGCCGUCAACUACUACAAAGAGCAGCUGCAGAACAACAAGAAAUUUCAGAACCAUAUAAGGAAAAUAAACAACUUGUCCGUUGUGCGACGGCUCACCAUUCCAGAGUGCAUCCUGCUCGUCACACAGCGCAUCACCAAAUAUCCCGUUCUCGUGGAGCGCAUGCUGCAGUACACAGAAGCUGACUCUGAGGAACACAAGGAGCUGGCACGAGCUCUGAGUCUGAUCAAAGGUGUCCUCGUGCACGUGGAUGAACAGGUUAGUCUGUCCGAGAAGGAGACACGCCUCAGAGAGAUCGCCGCCAAGAUGGAACCUAAAGCAUUCGGCAAGAUCAAAGAUGGCUGCAUCUUCAGGAGGGAGGACGUGACGCAGGGCAAACGGAGGCUGCUGCAUGAGGGCACGGUCAACUGGAAGGCCGCCUCCGGCAGACUCAAGGAUAUCCUAGCUGUGCUGCUAACAGACAUCCUGCUCCUGCUACAAGAAAAGGACCAGAGAUAUAUCUUCUCUGCUGUGGACGGGAAACCGUCGGUGAUCUCCCUACAGAAGCUAAUCGUCAGAGAGGUGGCACAUGAGGAAAAGGCCAUGUUCCUCAUCUGUGCUUCCUCCAACGAGCCUGAGAUGUACGAGAUCCACACAUCCUCUAAAGAGGAGCGCAACACCUGGAUCUCACACAUCCGCCAGGCUGUCGACAGCUGUCCUCACAAGGAAGAGAGAUUCUUGUCUACUGAAGAGGAGGGAGCAAGACAGCAACGCUUCAGAGAAAUUCAAGAGCAUCUGACGGUGAAGGACGCUCAGAUCAGGCAGGCUCUCACGGACAAGCUGCGGUUGUAUACUGACCUGGCUGUGUGUGUGGGUGUAGUGGAGGACACAGGAACUCGGCAUCAUCUUCUGCUGCGAGGAGAUGCUUCAGAACUCCAGCAGGGGGAGCAACUGCUCAAGGGAGCCAUAACAGAGGUGGAGAACCUGCAGAACAUUCUGGUGUCCAGUGCGAGAGAUUUUCCACAGACCGAGGAGAAUCAGACUUCCAACUCACUGCCCAGGAGAGCAGGAACGUUCGGGGGUUACGACAGCACAGUCAGUCUACUGCAGAAGUACGGCAGCAUGAAGAAACACUCAGUUGGAGCAGGAAAGUCCAGAGAGAGGAGUCAGAGAGCCAGUUCAGACCCUCAGCUUAAAGAAAUGUGCGCCAGUCAAGGACUGGAAGAGCCUGAUAACCUUUCUUUACCCAGCUUGAAUAUGAUCUGCUCCAGAUUUCCAAACACAGAGUUCUCUGACCGGGUUCUCCUGCUUUCCCAGCAGCUCUACAGUCUGCAGGCGAUUGUCGCUCAGCAGGACAGUGUGAUUGAGCUGCAGCGGGCAUCUCUUUGUUUGGCAGAGCGCCAACGCGGUACAGAUGUGCUCCUCGAGCAGGAGAAACAGAGGAACCUGGAGAAGCACCGUGAGGAGAUGGCUCAUUUCCAGCGCGUCCAGGCACAGCAGCAGCAGGAGCAAGAGCGUUGGGAGCGCGAGCGAGCGAGGCAGCUGAAACAGAACGAGGCUGAGCAGCUCCGGCUGCAGGAGCGAGAGGAUGUGUGCAGGAAGUUGGAGGACAGACUUGCCCAGGAGAGACAGGAGCUGCAGAACCAGAGGCAGAAAUACCAGCAGGAUCUUGAGAGAUUACGAGAAUCCACGCGGGCUGUGGAGAAGGAGCGAGAGAAGCUCGAGCAGCAAAGGAAAAUGAAGAAACGCAAUACAGCACCCAGCACAGCAACACCAUAUGGCCCUGACACAGUGCAGCUCCCCACGUCCUCCAGUUUUAAUGGCGACAUCCUGGGAAACUCCGGCAUGGAUUCACUCCUCCAGUCCUUCUCUCAGCUCCGCUCCACCGCCUCCUUAUCUGCUGCUGAUUACUCCGAGAGGACGGACAUGCCGCAGCGCCGGGAAAGUAGCACCACCUUGACCGCCAAAACCGAGGUGCCCAUCCACCUGGUCAGCACCACCAACCAGCUGCACAAACAGGGCGGAGUCCAGCAGCAGAUUCCCAUCAAGCUGUCCACACUGAAGAGCAAGGACAAGAGCAGCAAAAGCAAAGGCUCGCAUCGCUCAGACAGCUCAGCUUCAGUAGACAUGAAGCAGGUUCCCUCUCUGAAACUGACAUCCAGAGAAACAGAGAGUUCUGUAAAAGCUCGCCGCUCCGUCAGUCCUAAUCAGCAGCCUCAACCCGCUCCGCCUCCGAUUACAGAUCCCCCAAUCAGUGGAGAUAAAUACACUCCCGAGCCUCUGAAAGUACAGAACCAGAGCCUCCCGCAGUCCUGCCCUCUCCCUGACGACAAAGACAAGGAGGAAGUCAUCUUUUUCUGAGCAUCUCUGUGCAUUCUGGGAUACAUCAUAUGCCUUGGAGAGCAUGCUGAGAAGCACCACACAGAGCUUCUCAAGAACGACAAGUUUUGUACCUUUUUAGUUCCCUGGAAGAAAAAAAAUGCCCUUUUUUAAAAAGAUUCCCUUUUUAAUUAUUGCCAAUAGCUUUUUCUUACUUUUUAAUAGACGAACCAGAUAAAAGAAGAUGAAGUUUUAAGUGGAAGAAAUUAGAUCUCAGAGGAACAUUUGGGACAAUCCAAAGGCCAGCAGAUGCAUGAGGAGGAGCAUGAUGUGACUGAAAUGAACAGGGAUGAGCUGUGUGUGCACUUAAGUCCAAACCUUAUUUCUAGAAAAAAAAACCCGCAGAUCAGAACCGAAAGAGGGGGGAAAAAAAGCACAAAUGUUCAGAUGUGUGAGGGCUGUUUUUGUGAAGGAAGCCGUUAAUCAUGCUCGGACCUCAGAUCACUGUUGCACAGAGAAUUAAUGGAUCAUUUUGGUUUGAUUAUGAAGUUUAUUGAUUUUAUCCUGCACAACAUAAAGUGUUCACCCUGUUAAAUUAUAUAAAACAGUGAAAUCCAAGAAGUUGUCUUAAAGCCUGCCAUGGUAAUAACCUUAAGAUUUGUCUAAAAUCUUUCUACUAUCAAAUAAAAUAGAUUUAUUAGUAAUAAUUAGGAAUGCAUCGAGCAAAUCAGGCUGGAAAAAAAAUCCUUAAAUUCUGAAUUUAUAUUUGGACCUUUUUCUUCUUUUUUUUCUUUUAGAUCCGAUUCACUGCCGUUGUUGUUUGUACUGUGAGAAAAAUAUAUAUAUACGACAGCUAGCUGAUCUCAAACUCACGUAUACUGUAUAUUGUAGCGAAGUUUUGUUUCUAAGAGGAUCAAGACUCACUGCACCGAUAUAAUACUGAUACUAGCUGAAUCGAUAUCAGAGCAAAUUUUACAUUUUCCAAUUGAAUCUGUUCGUUAGUCUGAAAAAUACGUGUGCACAUGUGUGCACUUUUCUUAUUUAGCAUCUGUAUUUAAGCAUUUCACAACUUUUUAUUAAUAUUUUCUUUUAUAGUUAUUGUUGGAUCAAACAGGAAACUCAAGUUCACUAAGCUGAUUUUUUUUUUUUUUUCUUUUUAUAUUUUUAAUGUAUUUAUUUAUUUUAAUUUGCGACAAACGGCAUCCCGACUCGGGUCGGAUCAGCUUGACUAGGGAGGGAAAUGCUGUUGAAAAUUAAAAAUACAAUAUGGACCCCUGAAGAAAAUAACAAACGCUGAAGAAUUCAUGACAUGAAGGAUAGUGUGUAAUUUCCUGAAAUUCUUGUUGUUGUUUUUUGUUUUUUUUUCCUCUCGCUUGAAUAAAUUUCUUAUACCAUGGCCAUAAAAUAGAGCACUGUCUUCUGCUGAUGUGGACCCAGCAAAGGGUUCUAAUCGAUUUAACCCUGAUUUAAAGCUGAUCUUCAUUAAACAACAGCACUUCUUAGCCAAUCAGAAACUAGUGUGUUUUGGCCAGUGAAAGUGAGUUCACUACGAUUGUACUGUUGUUACUUUGGUCACAUCUCAUAACCAUUUGCAAUUCAGUUGCUGUUUAAUUGUAAUAUAAACUUAUUUUGUUUGUUAAUGAUGCAUAAAUGUUGUCAUGGUUAUCGUGCAACACGGUUACAGAAUGUUACAGGAAGCACUGAUUUAGAACUUUUAGGGGGAGCAACAACACCUGUUAGUCAAUCAGAACCGAGUGUUUUUGUGGCCAUGGUGCAAGAUGGUAAAUUAAUGUGUUGUGAUUGUUUCUAUGCCUAAUUUUUUUUGCACAUGCCAUCAUGUGAACCAGAUAGCAGAUGAAUCUUACAGGACACAAAAUUCGAACAUCUCGACACACACUGAUGAACUCCCCCGUGAUCAGAGCACACACUCUGGAAGGAGUUUUGUAUAUUUUCUGUUUGAACUACUGCAGAGUGCGACGUCUCUGUAUGAGCAUGAGGUUUUACUGUGUAAAUAUUGUACAUAUAAUGUAGAUUUCAUGCUACGAUGUCUUACGUGACGUCCAACGGACUUCAGCGCACAUUUUUGGAGUAAGGGAACGUGAAUCUUAGUUGAAAAAAAAAAUGAUCAUGCUGUAAUUCCUCCUAGCCUGUCAAUCAUUUUUCUUUCUCCCGUGUGAUAUGUUUUAAUCAGAAAUGAAGCCUUAUUCUGAGGUUGUCCCUUAGUGAGGAACCAAAGAUUCACUCCGAGACUGUAACAGCACUGUGUCCAUCAUUUCCUCUCAACUGUAACAAAACAAUAAUCUCAGUUUAGUCAAGAUGGCCUCUCACUCUCUCUCUCUCUCUCUCUCUCUCUCUCUCUCUCUCUCUCUCUCUCUCUCUCUCUCUUGACCACUGUGUUAAAAUCUUAAUAUAAUCCUCAUUUACCAAGUUGUGAUUCAUUUUAUUCGGAGAUGAAGCGGUUUAUUCAACCAUAUCUUUUUCCAUCUUUGUAACAAAGGAAAAAAAAAGUCUUCAUUGCCAAUUACACUAGUCACUUUUAGUAGGGAGCUUGAAGAGGAGUGUGGUGUUUUGUGUGCUUGUAUUUUUUCCAGAUGUUUUAAUGAGGUUUGUAGCACGCAGGACGACUGUGAUUAUUUUCUACAUAUUAUAUUUUACUCACAAAAACAUAGCUGUAAGACACACAAAAAAACACCUUAGAGACAUUUUAGUAAUAAAACAUGAUGGUACACGUCUCUGUUA